AUUAAGUACUAGUACUACUACCAGUACCCUGAGCCUCAGGUUGAGGUGGUUAGGGUUCUUUUUUCCUUUUUCCAAAUUAUUUUAUUUUAUAUUUUUCUCUUAUUCUGUUCUGCUCACUUAAUUCUCUCUCUCUCUCUCUCUCUCCUCUCUCUCUCUCUCCUUUUUUAACUGCUACAAACACUGUCCAAGGACAACAAGUCCAUCAAUUUAUCAAACACAUGACCAAUAUGGGCUCCAUUAAUGGCAGAUUUUCCAGAGUUGAGGUAGGUACUAAACCGCAACCUUCAUAUCUCUAAAGUCUCUUCCUUUUCACUAUAUAAUUGCAAACACUAUCUGGGUUUCAUCUUAAAAGCUUCAAAAACAUGUUCUUCCCAUCAUUAUAGCUCAAAGUCUCAGUCUUUAUAGUAUCUCACUCGAGACAUAUAGUUUCUGGUUUUCUCUACACAAGCUACUGUUUGACUGUGUUCAAUUGGGUUUCUUGUGAUUUCAAGAAAGUAAAAAUGUGCAUUUUGCUUCUUGUUUAAAACUCACAUGUAUGAGUUGGGUUUUUUGAUCUGUAAAAGAAGCAAAGGAAAAUGAUUGUUUAAACCUUUGUUUUUGAGAUCUAACAAAAGUGGUGAUGAAUUUAGAUUGCCACUAUUAUUAUCAUAAAAUGUCUUGGAUUCAUUCUCAAACAAGGCAGAAAUAUGGUAUAUUGACAAGCUCUCCUUUAUCCCCAAUGGUGCCCUCUUCUUCAUCUUCAUUACCAUAUAAUAGUAAUUACCAAAAGCCACCAACUCAAUCCUCUUCCUCUUCUUCUUCAUCCUCAUCAAGUAGUAAAAUAAGCCCAGCAAUCAUAUUCAUCAUAAUUAUUCUAGCUAUUAUUUUUUUCAUAUCUGGUCUCCUCCACUUGCUUGUUAGAUUUCUCAUGAAGAGAAGGUCUUCAACAAUAUCUGAAUCGAAUAGGUAUCCUGAGAUGUCUAGCUCUGAUGCUUUUCAAAGGCAGUUACAACAGCUCUUUCAUCUUCAUGAUUCAGGGCUUGAUCAAGCUUUUAUAGAUGCUCUCCCUGUAUUCCUUUACAAAGAGAUAAUGGGUCUUAAAGAGCCAUUUGAUUGUGCAGUUUGUUUGUGUGAAUUUUCAGAACAAGACAAGUUGAGAUUACUUCCACUUUGUAGUCAUGCUUUUCACAUUGACUGUAUAGACACAUGGUUACUGUCUAAUUCAACUUGUCCUCUUUGUAGAGGUACCUUAUAUACACCUGGAAUUGGCAUUAAUGAGAACCCAGUUUUUGAUUUUCAAUUAGAUCCAAGGGAAGAAGAUGGUUCUUCAACAAACACAGGAAAUGGGGUUCUUUCCAUUAGUCAAAAGUCUGCUGAAAAUGAUAUUCAAAAGAGGGUCUUUUCAGUGAGACUUGGGAAAUUUAGAUCCAUAAAUGAUGGGGUUGAACUUCAAGAAGGAGGAGGAGAAGGAGAAAGAGUACAAAGAGAAAAGGGUGAAACUAGUAGUAGCAAUUUGGAUGCAAGGAGAUGUUAUUCAAUGGGGUCAUACCAAUAUGUCCUUGAUGAUUCAGAAUUACAAGUUGCUUUACAACACAAAAGAGGAGGAGGUGUUGGUGGUAAUGGUGGUAGUAAUAGCUUAAGAAUCCCAAAAGGGAGAAGUGGAACAAGUAGAAAUUGCUUAAUUGAUGGAGAUGAAAAUGGGAAGAAGAUUAACAUUGGAAGCAAAGGUGAUAGCUUUUCAGUUUCCAAAAUCUGGCAAUGGUCUAAAAAAGGAAAAUUUCCAACUUCUUCAGAAACCCAAUUGAGCACUACUAUUACUACUACCACUACUAUUACUUCUUCUGUUCAUGCUGAUUUACCAUGAAUGAACCAUCAGAUUUCUCAGGAGUACAUGUUGAAGGUAUUCACUUUGUUUAGUACUAUUCUUUGUUACUAUUAAGAAAAAAAAAAGUCCUUUUUCUCAAAACAUUUUUUUAAAAGGUUUGCUUUCUCUCUAAUUUAGUUACUAAUCACUAGAAUACUACCACUCAAUGUAACUUCUUUGUAUCAUGUUUUCUUUUGAGUAAAAAAACUUUUAUGGCAAGUGGGCAAUGUACUUUAUCUUUUUCUAUAAAA